AUGCAAUCAAGCAAUGAUACAAGGAUGUCAGAAUUCCUUCUUCUGGGCUUAUCAGAGGAUCCAGAACUGCAGCCCCUCAUAUUUGUGCUUUUCCUCUCCAUGUACCUGAUCGCUGUGUUUGGAAACCUGCUCCUUGUCCUGAUUGUUGUCUCUGACUCCCACCUCCACACCCCCAUGUACUUCUUCCUCAACAACCUGUCCUUUGCAGACAUGUGUGUCACCUCCACCACCGUCCCCAAGAUGCUAUGGAACAUCCAGACUCACAGCAAAGUGAUAACCUACAAAGGCUGCAUCACCCAGGUGUAUUUUUUCAUAAUCUUUUCAGGGUUGGACAUCUAUCUUCUGGCUGUGAUGGCCUAUGACCGGUUUGUGGCCAUCUGUCACCCCUUACAGUACAUGGUCAUCAUGAAUCCCCGGCUCUGUGGACUGCUGGUUAUGAUGUCCUGGAUCACCAGUGUUUCUCAUUCCUUGUUACAGACUUUAAUGGUGUUGCGUCUGUCCUUCUGUACAGAGGGGGAAAUUCCCCACUUUUUCUGUGAACUCAAUCAGAUGAUCCAACUUGCCUGUUCUGAUACCUUUCUUAGUAACGUGGUGAUGUAUUUUGCAGCUUUGCUGUUGGCUGGUGGUCCCCUCUCUGGGAUACUUUACUCUUAUUCUAAAAUUGUUUCCUCCAUUCUUAGAAUAUCAUCAGCUCAGGGCAAGUAUAAAGCUUUUUCCACCUGUGCGUCUCACCUCUCUGUUGUCUCCUUAUUUUUUUGUACGAGCCUAGGAGUGUACCUUAGCUCUGCUGCUCCCCAGAGCUCCCACGCAAGUGCAGUGGCCUCGGUGAUGUACACGGUGGUCACACCCAUGCUGAACCCCUUCAUCUACAGCCUGAGGAACACAGACAUAAAGAGGGCUCUGAAAAGAAUCAUUGGGGUUCCAGUGAUGAAAGGGCCAAUGGUCCUGGGGCUGAAGAAGUGCCCAUGA